UUAAAUUAAAAAUCUAUUAUGCUAAUCAUCUCGAGCAAAAAAAAAGGAAUAUUAGGAGAAGUUGUGUGACACAACGACGCAGUUUCUAACGAUCUCCAAAGAUGUAUUUACCAAUGUUGAUCAACAAGACAUUCCUGGUGUUUCUGCUGCUGUUCUCGUUGUACUUCGUCGGGAUGGAUCUGCUGCUUUACUUCAGGGUGCAGGAAUACGACGUGCGUCCGCGCGUGAACGACACUCGGGUUUCGCCGUAUCCUUCGCCAAUUCUGUGCGACGUGAAUCCGAUUUGCACGGUGACGGUGAAGGCAAUGAUGCUGGAUCAUCCGAAUCAUUACAUCCUGAGUCCCCUGGCGAGCCUGGUGGACUACCUCCUGGGUAUCAGUCGUCUCUGGAGCUGGCUGACGCCUAACAUCAUCAGCGUGUCUCACGUGGUUGUGGCCGUGAUCGGCGCCCGAUACAUCACGCGGAACUCUCUCGCUCACCGACGUGUAGGUACCGUCCUGUUUCAAGUCCGAGCCUGGUUGGACAAUCUGGACGGCCACGUGGCCAGGACGAGGCGGAACAUCGACGGCGAGAGAUCGGAUUUCGGAUCCAUCGGCUACUUCGUGGACGGCGUCUGCGACGGCCUCGGCUGCAUCGCCCUCGUGGUCGCGGUAUUUCUAUUUCUGAAACGUAAUUCCAAUCGCCGGGCCGGCUACGAGCGACUGCCCAUCCGUACGUCGUCCACGUCCACCAGUGCCGUCUCCACCGUCCCGUUCUGGAAGUCGCCCUUGUACAACAUGCUGAUGGUCGGCUUGCACUUUUCCCUGACGAGCGUCGCUUGGAACCGAUACAUAUCCGUAUACCAGGAUCUACUCGAGACCGACAGCAGCAUCCUCCCGAUCAGCCGGAAAGAUCUCUACGACAGGCAGACCGUCGUCUUCAGGAGUCCCUCCUUCUGGGCGGUUGCGCUCGCCUGGAAGUCCUUCAACUUCCACGCGAUGAUGGAUUACAUGCUCCUGGCGAUAUUCCUCGAUCGCGUCUGGGAAUACGUCAGACUCGCCUGGUGGCAGUUACCAUCCGUCCUCUUGUUACUUGUUCUUAUCAGCGAGUUUCAUUACAUUAACGCCUAUGCUUAUGUGGAAGUAUCGCCGAUGAACGAGAGCCUGCGGUUCUUCUCCUUAUACGCGCUUCCUAGUCCAUGACAAUCUGUUUCUUGUUGUGAAUAUUCUGUACAUCUGUAAUGAUAAUUAUUCGAUUGACGAGCUCAUUCUUAAACCGCGUCUUAAAUAUUUAUUUGUUUUUUUUUUUUUUUUUCAUUAUAAUUAUGUGCUUCUGUUUAUUGUACGAUUUUUUUCAUCGCUGUAAUGGCUUCUUUAAUGUAGCUUUAAAAACAUUUUUUGACAUAGCUUUUUAAAAUUGGUUCGAGAAAAAACAAAUUUUCAAUUAAGAAACAUAUGAGACUGUAUAUAUUGUGACGAUUUUUUCGAAUUUUAAUAAUGUUGUUAAUUGUAUUUUUAAUUGUAUUCUGUUAAUUGCAUUCUUUCGCAAUAAUGUUACAAAUCGAAACGCCUUCGAAAACAAACUAAUUAAAAAAUUAAAUUUUGACAGUCAAGAAUAUUACAAUAGUUAUUUUACAUUUUAAUUAGAAAUUUUAAUUAGAAAUAAAUAUCACAAGGUAAAUCGUAAAAAGUAUAUUCCAUAGGGCAAAAUGUAGAAAUUAAAGACUGGGAAAAUUCGAAAAAAUACGAUAGCUUA